CAAAAAUCGGUUAUCCUCUGAAGCAAGACGAACGAGGUAAGACCGUUGCAUUUCCCUUCACACGUUAAUAGGUUGCCUUAUCUUUAUGCUGUCUCUCUUUCCCUCCAAAAAUACCAAAAAAAGAAAGAGUGAAACAAAUUAAAUCACAAUGCUCCAUCAUCAUCAGCUUGACUCUCUCACCACCUGAAACCAGCAAAAACCAAAUAGCUCCAUAGCUUUAACAGAUUGAGUUCUUGGUUAAUUUUUGCCUUGUUCAUCAAUGGCUAUCAAGUUGGCCUUUUCUUUGACACCCCCUCGUUUGUUCACUGUCACCUUUCAAAAACCCUUGAUUACUUUCUCUUCAUCUUCUUCUACCAGGGUUCAAUCCAAUGGAAAGCAGCUAUGUUUUCGACGGAGAUUGUUCUUACUUCCCAUCAAGGCUACUGCUGAUCAACAAGGUCAGGUCGAAGAAGAUGGGGUUGUUGAUAGUAAAAUUCUGCCAUACUGUAGCAUAGACAAGAAAGAGAAGAAGUCAUUGGGAGAAAUGGAGCAAGAGUUUCUUCAAGCCCUACAAGCAUUUUAUUAUGAGGGAAAAGCUAUCAUGUCAAAUGAGGAAUUCGAUAAUCUAAAGGAAGAACUAAUGUGGGAAGGAAGCAGUGUUGUCAUGCUAAGUUCUGAUGAGCAGAAGUUUCUGGAAGCAUCAAUGGCUUAUGUGUCUGGGAAGCCAAUUCUGAGUGAUGAAGAAUUUGAUAAUUUGAAGCUGAGGCUAAAGAUGGAAGGAAGUGAAAUUGUGGUUGAGGGUCCACGAUGCAGUCUCCGUAGUAGAAAGGUGUACAGUGACCUCUAUGUUGACUAUUUGAAGAUGUUCCUCUUGAAUGUCCCAGCGACUGUGAUUGCCCUAGGAUUGUUUUUCUUCCUAGAUGAUCUGACUGGAUUUGAAAUCUCAUAUCUGUUGGAGCUCCCAGAACCAUUCAGUUUCAUUUUCACGUGGUUUGCUGCUGUGCCCUUUUGUGUUUGGUUAGCUCAAGCCCUCACAAAAGUGGUUGUGAGAGACUUUCUGAUCCUAAAGGGUCCUUGCCCGAACUGUGGUACUGAGAAUGUCUCCUUCUUUGGCACCAUAUUAUCGAUUUCCAGUGGUGGAACCACCAACACUCUUAAAUGUUCAAAUUGUGGAACCCCAUUGGAGUAUAAUUCGAAAACGCGGUUGAUUACAUUGCCAGAAGGAAGUCAAGCUUGAUUGGAGUGUUAUUCCCACUUUUUAACGGGCAUGGCCAUGGCUGCAGGAUAAAUUACUUCCAGGGAUCCACAUUAAGACUGCUACUAACUCAUGGAGUGAAGAGUGUCAUAUGUUCUAAACCUGGUGGGUCAUCAUUUGCAGCACAGGAGGAAAUUUUGAUAUGUGCUGCAUUGUAGAAUGUAUACCUGUUGUAUGUUACGUCAAACACUGUAUUUGUAAGCAACAUGUAAUAUAUUUAUACCUAUAACAGGAAUGUUGACAGGAAGAGAAGAGAGCGAAAUUGUUGUGAA